GCGGAUACUCGGAGACCCGAGGCUCCGCCCAUUCAGAGACUUCGGGGCGUUCAGGCUUGGGGUGACCUGCCGGCGAUCAGGGGGAUGGACGCAGCGCGAAAUGGCGCGAGUGGCAGUGUGGAGAGCCUACCCGACAGGAAGGUCUAUAUGGACUAUAAUGCCACCACACCUCUAGAGCCCGAAGUCAUCCAGGCUGUGACAGAGGCCAUGAAGGAAGCCUGGGGAAACCCCAGCAGCUCCUACGUGUCAGGUAGGAAAGCCAAGGACAUUAUAAAUGCAGCUCGAGCAAGCCUGGCCAAGAUGAUAGGUGGAAAGCCCCAGGACAUCAUCUUCACUUCUGGGGGCACCGAGUCAAAUAAUUUAGUAAUCCACUCUAUGGUAAGAUGCUUCCAUGAACAGCAGACCCUGAAGGGGAACAUGGUUGACCAGCACAGCCCGGAAGAGGGGACCAGGCCCCAUUUUAUCACUUGCACAGUGGAACACGACUCCAUCCGGCUGCCCCUGGAGCACCUGGUGGAAAAUCAAAUGGCAGAGGUCACUUUUGUCCCAGUGUCGAAGGUGAAUGGGCAGGCAGAGGUCGAGGAUAUCCUGGCGUCUGUCCGUCCCACCACAUGUCUUGUAACCAUCAUGCUGGCCAAUAAUGAGACGGGCGUCAUCAUGCCUGUCUCCGAGAUCAGUCGUCGUAUUAAAGCCCUGAACCAGAUCCGGGCUGCCUCGGGGCUGCCCCGAGUCCUGGUGCACACAGACGCUGCUCAGGCACUGGGGAAGAGGCGAGUGGAUGUCGAAGACCUGGGCGUGGACUUCCUGACCAUCGUGGGGCAUAAGUUCUACGGCCCCAGGAUCGGUGCUCUGUAUGUACGAGGGGUCGGUAAACUUACCCCCCUGUACCCCAUGCUGUUUGGAGGUGGACAAGAGCGGAAUUUCAGGCCAGGGACCGAGAACACGCCCAUGAUUGCUGGCCUUGGGAAGGCUGCUGAUCUGGUGAGCGAGAACUGCGAGACUUAUGAGGCCCACAUGAGAGACAUCCGAGAUUAUCUGGAGGAGAGGCUGGAGGCUGCGUUUGGUAAGAGAAUCCAUUUGAACAGCCGGUUCCCAGGGGUGGAGCGGCUUCCAAACACGUGCAACUUUUCCAUCCAGGGCUCCCGGCUUCCAGGGUACAUGGUCCUUGCACAGUGCCGGACACUGCUGGCCAGUGUGGGAGCAUCAUGCCACUCAGAUCACGAGGACCGGCCAUCCCCAGUGCUGCUGAGCUGCGGCAUUCCUGUGGACGUGGCCCGGAAUGCGGUCCGGCUCAGCGUGGGCCGCAGUACCACCAGGGCUGACGUGGAUCUCAUCGUACAGGACCUGAAGCAGGCCGUGGCCCAACUGGAAGGGCGGCUCUAGAACUAGCAGCCGCUCUCUGUAGCCAGCUGGACUUUGACCACUCGAUCCAUAGGAAACCGCUUGCAAAAGCCCUUGGUCCCUAAGCUGCCCCAUCUCAAGAGCUGCAUUGAGAUGACUUGUCCUACUGUGGGGUGCAGAGUGACGAGGGGCUGCCCACCGCACAGAAUCCCACCCCAGCACCCAUCCUUACAAGCUCAGGACAGCCAUGUCACAUAGGACUUCCCCCUGUCACCUUCUGACAAAGGCCACAGGGGAAUAGGAAUAUUCAAGUUAUCAGGCAGCCUGCCAGGACUGCCUGACCCCAGAAGGCACCUUGGUCAGAAGACAAAACCCAAGUCUUGGUCCAGUGUCACUUAGCUGCUAGUGUGAGAAUAGGAAAGUUGAUUUUGAUUCCCCCUCCUUAUCCCCCUCCCCGACCCCCGUGACUUCCCUUGUGCACCUACAGACACACCCCUCUCCAGUGCAACCCUGCCUCUGUCUGCCUUCAGCCAGCCACUGCCCACCUGCCUCCCUGGCCUGAUGGUCCACAGAUGUCCCAUGCCUUGUCCCCGGAGGUCGAAGCUUACCCUGCCUUCUACUCAGGGAUCCACCUCCAGCGUGGUGCCGGGAGGCUGGUGCCUGAGCUCAGUCUUUGCCAAAGUGGGAAAUCUGAUCAUUUCUCACUCAUAUUCCAUUUUAAUUUUAUUUUGCAAAAGGCUGUGCCAUCUUGAGGAUGCAUGGCACACAUCGCACCAAGGAAUAUAGGAAUGUCUUCCUGGAGGCUGCUUUUUGGGUCUGUGGACCAAAGGAUGACGCAACCGUGAAAACAGUUGUCAGAAAUUAAAUGAACUAAUGAAAGAUGUCUGCACCUGC